AUGCGCACAGCGGUCGUCUUGGCCAAACAAACCCAUUUAGCCAUACUAGGACCAGCGUUGAGCAAUUUGGCUGCGCUAUUGCUGGAACAAUUCAAGUCAACGGGGAGAGAUACCAGGUUGAAUGAGGCUCUGCAAUUGGCAACAUGGGCUCGGGAUUGUUUGUCAGAUUGCGACACAGCCCGUGCCCCUGUUCUAGCUACCCUCGGUAAUAUUCUGGCUAGUCAGUAUGAACGUUCGAGGAAACCUCAGGAUCUGGAAGAGGCCAUCUUCAGUCUGCAGGUUGCGACUCAGGCUCCGAGUCUCCCAGACGAUGGUGCAUUUCCAGUCGUUGUGUCGAACAACCUCGCCUGUGUCCUAGGAAAGCGUUAUGAAAACACGGGGAGAAGGACAGAUCUUAACGAUGCCAUUAAUGUUGCUCUGGAAGCGACUGAGACUGGAUUGUCAAAGUACCCGCCCCUGAUGGCCAGGGUGGGCUCGAACCUUGCAAGUUUAUUGGCGAGGCAGUAUGAAUCCACGGGGGAUUUGGAAAGUCUGGCCAGUGCAUUAUUUGAGCUCCGCAUAGUCACCGAGGUCGCACCGAAAUUUCCGGAGCUCAACGCUCGCCUUGGUCAGUUACGUGAUUUGGCAAAGGGACAACAUGCGCUGAGGGCCCAGCCAACGGCUGAGAGGAUAAAGGUGUCGCAGUCAAGAAAAUCAAAGUUGUUGACGCUCUUUACUAUCCUAUCCCUGUCACCUGUGCUCUCUGUCUUUUAUGCCGGAGCAUUUUUCCCGCUUAUUGUGUUCUUGGCCGGCAUUGUGUCCAGCUGGACCCUUCAGAAAUACAACGACCCAAUGACCAGUGGUGAUAGGCCCAGUUAUCUGUUUCAACUCGUUCCAACUUGGAUCCAGACGAUAUUCUCCUCACCCUAUAAUCCGUUACGUUUCGCGCCAACGCUUUUUCCUACCCCGUGGAUUGAUACCCCUUCGGUCCCUACCUUGACAGAGUCGGAAGGGGAACCGUACAAUGGGGAAAGAUUGCGCAGACAAAAGCCAAUCCAUAUUACGCGCGUUGAGUCUGGAUAUGACCAAGGAUGGAAAACUGGGGCCAGAAAUCGAUCUCUGCAUGCCUUGCAAUGUGGAGUCAAUCAAUUACCUUGCGCUCCGCUGUUCCACCCCAACCUAGAUUUUCCAGUAUCUUCAAAAACUCAAUGCUACGAGGACGGAUUCGAGAGCCAGAAGCAAGUCCCCUACGAUCAUGUUGCGAAUUCAAUUUCUCGGGAUGAUUUUGUUGACUCUACAAGCGACAGUGAACGCUUAGUAACUGCACUCGACUCUGGGGAAGAGGAAGGCGUCGAUCAGAAUGAAAAAACAAAAGAAUGUGUACCGAAUGUUCCUAAAAUUCUAAUAUCUGCGACUGGGAACGUUGAGAAGACCGUCAGGGUACCUUUUCUAAAUAUUUCAAGUCUUGGCUAA